AUGCGAGGAAUUAUUGGUUUAUUAUUAUGUAUUGGAGUAUUUGGUCAAAGUAAUUACACAACCAUUAAAACUAUGGAAGGAAAUGUAUAUAUCUCUAAUAUUGAAGAUUUAUCAUUUACAAUGGAUGGACAAUUAUAUUAUGAUGGACCAAAUGGCCAAAUGGUUACAGUCUUUAAAGAAAUAAAUCAUGUAGAUGCAGUAUUUAGAGAUAAUGGUGAACGAUAUUAUUCAUAUCAUAGAUUAAAUUAUUCAUCUAAUAUAUUAAAUAGAACACAUGCAGUGUUUUACAAUUUAACUUAUGAUGUUAGUGUACAAUUAAGAACAUUAUUUAUUAAUAGUGAACAUUGUACUGAAUAUAAAGGAGUUUCACCAUAUCUUGAUUAUGUUUAUGUCUCUAGUGAAACAGGUAAAAUAUGUCGUAUUUGUUUUGAGACAGGUAAAUGUAUUACAUUUAGAAGUUAUGGUGCAUUAUCAGAACAUGGUAAAAGUGAGAUAGAAAAAUAUAUUGAACAGACAACUAGUCAAACAAUAAAAAAUACAGGAAGACAAGCAAAGAUUUUAUUAGUGAUUGAUCCUAACUUUGGUGGUACUGAAGAUGCAUUUACUGGUGCUAAAUUAGAUUUAUUAAAUAGUUUAAGAGAUCUUGCUAUGGCAAAAACUAAAGAAGGAAGUACUACUGUUGAAGUUGGUGUUAUGAAUUAUGAUGGAACUAAAGUUGCUUUUACUAGUGAUUUUAGUCAAAUAGAAAAUUCAUUAGCUACUCUUAAAUAUGCAUCAUCUUCAAAUGAUGCACCUAUUCAAGAAGCAGCUAAUAUGGUUAAAACAUAUACUGGAAGUAUGAAAGGAAGAACCAUUAUUAUUUCAUUAAAUAGAGAUACAGAAAAUAUGAAAACAUUAGUUACUAAAUAUAAUACUACUCUUAGAGAGAAUGAUAUUACAUUUUAUAGUAUUUCUUAUGAUACUGCAUCACCAAAAGAUAGAAUUAAAUAUGAAAGACUUUAUACUACUGUUAAAAAUAAAUUAUAUUUCUUCUUUUCAAGUAGUGGAAAUGAUUUACUUAAUGGACUUAUUGUUGAUCCUGUUAUGCAUUUAGCAACUCGAUUCCUUUCUAAUCAUAUGUGUAAGAGUUGUUAUGGAUAUUGUCAAUUGAAUGGAAAUGAUACAACAGAAUUAACUUGUAAAUUAAAAUCUCCAGAUGAUAAAGAAGCAAUUGAGUCAACAUACUUUGUUAAUGGAUGUGAUUAUGGAACAACAACAGGAUUAGUUUAUAAAAUUAUUGGAGGUAUUGGAAUGUUUGCAUUAGUAGUUGUUGCAUUAGUAGAGUUAUUAUUAGUAUUAUUACAAAGAAUUUUAUGUGGAUUAUCUCGAAAGAAUGCUACAUAUCAAACUCUUGAAAUUAAUGUUGCAACUCAAAGUUCUUUAUAUGAAGCUGAAGAUAAUGAGUCACAAAAUUCUUUAUUCCAAGAGUAG